AUGGAUGCUGACAUUUAUGACGACGAUCCAUCGUUUUUAGGAUUACACGAGGACACAGUCGUUUUAGAUGUCGAGCCCGAAGAGGUCGCCCUUGUCCCAGACGCUGUGAGACCAUCAACAACCAGUGAACUGAAGGGGAUGCUCCAGCAAGCAGGCACAGAGCUCACAGUCAAAUACCUGACAG